AUGGCGACCUCGAACAAUCCGCGGAAAUUCAGCGAGAAGAUCGCGUUGCACACCCAGAAGCAAGCAGAGGAGACGGCGGCGUUCCAGGAGGUGAUGAACGAGCUGAGCAUCACCAGGGCGGCGCGGACGGACAGGCGUCGGACCAGGCGGCACCACGGGCUGGUGGACCGGGUUUACCGCGACCGGAACCGCAUCAGAGGACGGGCCUGUGUUUUUGUCCUUCAUUUUGUGCCUCACAUCGACAGCUGUCCCUACAGUGCCAUGUGCCUGUCCCCUCCCCCCGAGACCAGCUGGCGCAGGACCAAUUCAGACUCUGCCCUGCACCAAAGCACCCUAAACCCCACCUCUCAAGAUGGAUUAACGGGAGGGUUCCAGGAACUGCAGCCGAAAAGAGUUCUCCUCCUCACUGUGCCGGGAGGUGGAGGUGUCGGCUCAGAGGCAGAUGAAGACGGCCAGCAGCAGAAUGUGACGUCCAGGCCCUGCAAGGUGCCGGGGAUCAAUAUAUUUCCAUCACUGGAUCAGGAGACCAACACUCUGAUCCCAGCCAAUCACAACACAGGAGGCUCCCUCCCCGACCUCACCAACAUCCAGUUCCCACCUCCGCUACCCACCCCACUGGACCCCGAAGACACUGCCACCUGCCCCACCCUGAGUGCCACGCCUACCCACCUGGGACUCACCUCUAUAAAUCCAGGUAACCACCGUACUCAUCUAGGAUUAGCCAUGCCAGCUAAAGUACACCCCUCACUCACCUGGGUUAUUAUUAUUACACAUUGCUUCAACCACACCCAGGCAUCCACCCUCAACCACACCCAGGCCUCCACCCUCAACUACACCCAGGUGGCCAUGAUGGGCCUCACCGGCGGCCACGGCAACCUGCCCAACAUCCAGCAGCUGGGAUACAGUAUCCACGGCAACAUCCCCAACAUCAUCCUCACAGUGACGGGCGAGACCCCGCCCAGCCUGUCGAAGGAGCUGAACGGCGCUCUGUCGAUGGACGUCAGCUUCGACGCCCACAGCCCGUUCCCAUUGGACGAGCUGAAGAUGGACCCCCUGACCCAGGACGGGCUGCUGACGGGCCCCGGGCCGGCCCUGGCUGACGGCCCCAGGACGGGCUGCUGACGGGGCCAGGGAGGAAGCGCUCCGCACGGACCGGCUGUGAGGCACGCUUUCACUGCUCACACGUUGUUCAAACGUUGCCCGGAGGCUGGUGAAAGGUUUCCUCUUGGUUUUACAGCUGAAGCUUGACGAGCCACAACCACAGAGGAUGGAUGGGCCACUUACUUCAUCCGUUCAGUGUUUCUGUUCCAUCAUCCAUCUCAGCUUCACCGCUGAUUGUUUUUAAUUAUUUAUCCUUAUAUCUAUGGUCACCCCAUCUCACCCAAACUAGUGUAAAUAAUAUUUAUAAUAAUAUGCAUUUAAAAUAUAUAUUUAUAUAUAUAUUUUUACUUGAUUUAAAGUGCAUCAGGUGGACAGGAGUUCUGGGUUCUGGGUUCUGGGUUCUGGGAUUUGGGUCCUGAGUUCUGGGUUCUGGGGUCUGGGUCCUGUCACUGUUUGGGGAGAGGGGGCGGGUGUAAAAUGUUUGCCUUUUCUUUAGCUGAGAUUUAUGUUGCCACUACUGUGUGUAGCACAUGCACGGAUUCAUAGCUUGUGCAUGCGUUAAACACACUGGCACUCAUCCAGGCCUGCACUAUGAGACUGCAGGAAAUGCUAACAGCAUAGCCUUCCAUAUGCACUGAAACCCUGUCCAACAUGAUCAUGAUAUGUCUUUAUGGAUGGGGUUAACAUAGGUUUUUACCAAAUCUCCAAGACUAUCUAGUCAAUCAUGGUGUUUCCGCUGUGGAGGUAGUCUGUGAUUGGCUUCACAUGAUGGCUCCACCCACUUUGGGAUUGGGGAAGCCUCUAUCUCACAGAGGUAUUCCUGCAGAGAUGAUGGACCCAACAGUAUUCCCGAGUAAAAACCUGUGUAGGAAAAACAGAUGUGGGUGUUAGCUGCGCAGUUAGCCGCUCAGUUAGCCCAGCGGACCUUCAUAUUCGCUCCUGAUAGCUGGUCAUGGGCGGAGGCUCUGCUGUUAUUCGCUCCUGAUAGCUGGUCAUGGCGGAGGUGUGCUGUUACUCGCUCCUGAGGGUCAUGGCGGAGGUGUGCUGAGAGGGUCGCUGUGGUCACUGUGUCGCCUUCGCCUGACCGAGACGCUGCUCCUGCUCUCUUUUUACCUAUUUUUAUUUAUUUAUUUUACAUUCAUUUCAUCUUUUUAUUUAAUUUGGUAGCCAAUUGUACCCCAUCUAAUCCAAUUAGUGUUAGCUGGGGGAUACACCGCCCACACCCCGCCCCUCUGCGGCCUGAAGGAGAGCGACACGCCUUCUUCAAGCCGUCUCGUCUCGUGCUCCUGACCGGGAUUCCAAGGUGCCCGGGGUGCUGUUGUGCGCGGCGAUCCGCUAAAUAUAAGACUAAGAUACGUGUUAAGACUGACUUAUUAUUUGUUUUAUGCAGUGUCGGAAGGUGGAACAUGUCUGAAAUGUUGUGUGUGAUGCUAAUUCUCUUCCUGCAGCUUGGUCUUAUCGCCACACUCCGACUAGGCCCCCACUUCAUCAACACGUGAGCAAGGGGUAUCACCAUGGCAAUCGUACUGGACAUUGUUUUUUUUUGGGCCACACAUUACGUUUCCAUUUUCCAAUUGAAAAAAAAACAACAAAAAAAACUUUUUUGCUCUGCGGGUCGUUCCGUUCUGUCCCUUCUGAACCAUCGUCUGGCCGCUGAGUUCGCCCCGGUUCCACAGGUUACCUUCAGUCUCCUCUACGUCUCGUUGGCUGUUGGGUAGUGAUGUCACUGUUUAAAUAAUGCUGUCAGCUUUGUUCCACCUGUACCCUUUGGUUUGCAUUGCACUUUACUUGCGUCUUUUGUGGACUAUUUGGCAUUGAAAAGCAGGACUGUUUAACACCAAGUGGGUGACUGUUAUGUGUAUUGAGCCUAUUUUUCCAAGCAUUUAGUCUGCCUUCUCCUCUUAAAAAGAAAAUGUAUAUUUUUAAAGGAAAUGUGUCUGUGUCAUGUGUGUAACAGAGGUCGAUUUUAAUCUGCAUGUUUUUUGUUUUGUGUCCAGUAUUUUAUUAUAAACUCUGCAGUUGUUCUUUUUUUCCUGAAUUGGGAAGUAUUGCUCUGCUCUGAUGUGUGAAACAUGCAAGCUGAUUGGCCAGCUGGGCUCUGGCACGUUCACUCGUUCAUCACCAGCCUCUGGCCCGUCCAGCUCUGUUCUCUGAGGAAGAAGAGUUGCACAGGAAAUACUACACCUGUACCGGCCUCAGCUCGAUCCUGUCUCAAUUUCUCUCAAUUCCUGUCUCAAUUUCUCUCAAUUCCUGUCUCAAUUUCUCUCAAUUCCUGUCUCAAUUUCUCUCAAUUCCUGUCUCAAUUCCUGUCUCAAUUUCUCUCAAUUCCUGUCUCAAUUUCUCUCAAUUCCUGUCUCAAUUUCUCUCAAUUCCUGUCUCAAGUUCUCUCAAUUCCUGUCUCAAUUUCUCUCAACUCCUGUCUCAAUUUCUCUCAAUUCCUGUCUCAAUUUCUCUCAAUUCCUGUCUCAAUAUCGAACUGCUAUCUAAAAAACACAACAGCUGCAAAAUAUUAAAAUUGGCAUUUUACAUAUAUAUUUUUCUGCAUAUCAUCCCUGACUUUAGAAGACUGAAUCAGAUUUUAUUAACUUUUUUCAAGAUAGGUCGCUUCUUUAACUUUUUUUGUGCCUGCAGAGCUGAUGGGCCCAACAGAACCCAGGGGAACCCAGGGGAAGACGUGUUUUUGCUGUCAUGUGACCAUGCAUUAUGCAGUGACUUGGGGAUAUGCUACUCAGAGUGUGUGACUGAACGCUCUGGAAGGCUUUCUCAUUUAUCAUGUUGUUGCGAGAGAUAUAAAAUCACAUGGGCUUAUUUCAUUUUUUAUGCUGUAAAAAAGGCAGUUGUAGUUAAUAUCUGUGUGACCCUUUUUUUAAUUAAUUAAAUAAAUAAAUAAAUAAAUAAAAGGAGAUCAGCUCAGAACAAAAAAUAGCCCCAAGAGUACCUGCAAGAGUAUGCUGAUGAUGGCGCUCUAGUGAAUGUGUGUUGAGAAGCUGCCAGACUGAUGGAGGAAAGAAACACUGGAUGUGAACGGUGAGGAAAGGCUUUGGGUGCUGCACGUGAUUGGCCUGUUCACAAUGGCAGCUGAAUCCUACGACAGCUUCAUUGACUGCUGGAAUGGUGCAUCUCCAAGUCCACUGGACAGACCAUAUUUAUUCUCCUCAAAUAUGCAAAUGGCAACAUGGCCCUUUAAGAAAAAGACAACGGAUCAAAUCUGGUCUUAUUAUUUGUGCUUUUUAUAUUAAAAAAUGUGAAGUAGAGAAAAAAGUGGAAGGCGCUGAACCCUUGAGAGCUGGUCAUGAUACCCAGUGUAUUUCUCCCUGUGUGAAGGCUUCUGUCUUUGGAUCAUUGCAUUACUCUUUGUAAAUGAAAUGUAAUAAAUAAUAUUAAAAACAAUAAACAACAUACAAACCUA